GCAGGAUAAUUUAAAAGAAAUUUCUUAUAGAGGAGGUCCGAUCUCUCUAAGGUCUUCUCUUCUCUUCUCUUCUCUUCUGUUUCGGGAAGACGAUGAAGUCAAAGUUUGUAUUAGUCACAACAAUGGUAAUAGCAAUAAUUUCUAUAAUUUUGUCGAAGAAUGUCGAUUUUGGACCACCCAAAAUAGCUGGUUCUCAUGACUGGCUCCACAGUUGCGAGGUAAUACAAGUCCCAGGAGGUUUUGGACCUGAAAGUAUUGCGUUCGAUGCCGAUGGAGAGGGACCCUACACUGGUGUUGCUGAUGGUCGCAUUCUCAAAUGGAAAGGACUUGAUAUUGGCUGGACUGAGUUUGCCGUCACCACUUCUCAAAGGAAGGAGUGUGUUCAUCCAUUUGCACCAGAUAUGGAGCAUGUUUGUGGGAGGCCAUUAGGACUACGAUUCGAUAAGAAAACAGGAGAUCUCUACAUUGCUGAUGCGUACUUUGGCUUUCAAGUCGUAGGACCUGCAGGAGGUUUGGCCACACAAUUAGUGACAGAAGCUGAAGGCCAGGUGUUCCGUUUCACCAAUGAUAUGGACAUUGAUGAAGAGGACGGUGUUAUUUACUUCACAGAUACAAGCACAAGUUUCCAGAGAAGGCAAUUCAUGUCAUCAAUCAUGAGUGGAGACAAAACAGGCAGACUGCUGAAAUACAAUAAAUCAAGCAAAGAAGUAACAGUCUUAUUACGAGAUAUUGCCUUUGCAAAUGGUGUCGCAUUAAGCAAAGACCGAACUUUUGUACUUGUAGCUGAAACCACAACUGGGCGGAUUUUAAGAUAUUGGCUUCUGGGUCCAAACACUGGAAAGUUUGAUGUUUUUGCUGAGUUACCAGGAUUCCCAGACAAUAUCAGAAAAACUUCUAACGGGGAUUUUUGGGUUGCCUUGCAUGUGAAGAAAGGACUUGCAGGAAAGAUUCUUUCAAAUCCAUGGUUUGGGAAGGCAAUGUUAAAACUUCCUCUUAGCUUUAGGCAACUGCACUCAAUGUUAGUAGGAGGGAAGCCCCAUGCAACUGUCAUUAAGCUUAGUGAAAAGGGAGAAGUUUUGGAAGUUUUAGAAGACAGUGAAGGAAAAACGUUGAGGUUUAUUAGUGAAGUGGAAGAGAAGGAUGGGAAGCUGUGGAUGGGAUCAGUGAUGGUCCCAUUUAUUGGUCUAUGCAAUUUGUAACAAAAAUGUAAUUUUAUCAUUUGCUAUUGCUUCUGUGUAUUUUUAACAUAAAUUGUGUUUUCAAUGUUUGGAAUUUUCAUUUAAUGAAUAUAUAAAGUGCACCUUACAAACUGAUUUUGGAUUAA